AUGGCCGCGAAACCCAUUAAAGAUGUUGUUGCCGUCGGCAAGAAAUAUACCCAGCAAAGCGUCGGUAUCUGGGAGACACUCCGCAAACUGCUUUCUGUCGAUCCCAACCGUAGCAAUGGUGUUCCCGUAAAACAUUUCCGCAACCCGACCCCCGGCGGUCUCGAUCCUAAAUCCUACGACGACGCUGUCACCACGCCCGCAGCCGAUAUUGCAGACAACCCGUAUUGGAAGAGAGAUGUACGAAGGGCGUAUCCGACCCUGAGCACGGUCACACAAGGCGAUGUGGUGGGGCUCCUGACAGUGGGAAGUGCCGCGAACCCGAGCCCGAAGUUGUUGGCUGGUGAGGAGGGCAGCAAGCAACUGGUGGCCGUGAAGCAGGAAGGAGAGAAAGGAUUGGCGACGUACUUUGAACAUGAAAAAGCCGCGGCAGUGUUGGGAGAGAAUGGUCUCCCGCCUCGGCCGGUGGCACACGGACAUAAAAAGGACGUCAAGUACGCGAUCGGACCAACGAGUUAUGGAGAUGGUUAUCCGUGCCGAAGCUUUGUCUAG